AUGCCGUCCGACCCCCGCGUCACCGCCGUCGACGCCUUCACCCCAACAACCCACACCACGCCCGGCCCCACCCUCCUCGCCGCCCUCUCCCCAGCCCCCAACAGCCCCCCUCUCUCCACCAUCCUCAUCCUCGGCGCCUCCCGCGGCAUCGGCGCCGGCAUCGCCCUCUCCUACGCCCGCGCCGCCACCCCCUCCACCACCCUCAUCCUCGCCGCGCGCACCCUCUCCCCCGCCCUCUCCUCCGUCGCCGCCGCCGCCCGCGCUGCUGCCGCCGCGGCCACCCCGCACGGCGGCGCCAUCACCGUCCUCGAGCGCGCCUGCGACGUCGCGUCGGCGCAGAGCGUCGCCGCUGUUGCGGCGUGGGUGCGGGACGAAGUCCUCGGAUCGGGGUCUGGUGGGGAUUCCGGGCAGCGGCAGCGGCGCCGGCUCGACGUUGUGGUGUUCAAUCCUGGGUACUCGGGGCCGGUGGAGCUGGCUGUCACGGAUGGGGAUGCGUUGGACGGGGAGUGGGAGCGUGCGUUUGCGGUGAAUGCGCUCGGGACGUAUUACGCUGCGCAUUACUUUGUGCCGCUGUUGCUUGCAGAUCGUGCGGGAGGAGGAAGUGGUGGCGGGAGGAAGGCGUUUUUGGUGGUGGGGAGCGUCGCGGGGUGUAUCAGGAGGGGCGUCAUUGCGAACAGCAAGUACUGCGUCAGUAAGAUGGCGCAGGCGCGGAUUGUCGAGCAUUUGGCGGAGCAGUUUGGCGGCGAGGCCGGGGACGGGGACGAGGAGGGCCGGGGGUUGUUGGCGAUGGCGGUGCAUCCUGGGGCGGUGGAGACGGACACGGCGCUGGAGACGGCGCCUGAGGCGUUUAGGAAGUAUCUCGUGGACGAUCCGGAGCUGUGCGGGCAUUUCCUCGUUUGGCUGACGAGGGAGCCGGGCAGGUUCCGGUGGUUGAACGGCAGGCUGGUCAGCGCGACCUGGGACCCGGACGAGCUGCUCGCGAAGAAGGAUGAGAUUAUCGCGGGGGAUUUGCUGAAGUUUGAGGUGAAGACCGGGUGA